AUGGAGCCCCACAUGCAACACAACAUCAAAAAGAUCAAAGAAAUCCUCGUGCCCUACACCGCCGAGGAGAACGCCGAGCUCUCGGGCGGCGAGGACACCGUGCCCCCCCCGCUGCCGCCGCGCCGGCCGCCGCCGCGCGCGGCGAGCGCCGACGCGCCGGACGCGCCGCCGCUGCCGCAGCGCACGCCCCAGACGGAAGCGGAAGGACGCGCCGCGAUGAAGGCCUACAAGGAGGCCUGGGAGAAGGCGAACGCCGAGGCCGCGAACCGGCCGAUCACCCAGGACAACCCGGCCGGCGACCAGGAGUAUCCAGUCCUACUCACAUUAGCCUCGGUCUCGUGGUACGUGCACGGCCACGGGGUUUUACCGGACGUGCCCCUCUAUCGACUGGAGUCGCAACCUAUUAAUGGAGGCAACCUGAAUUUCGCCUGGCGCUGCGGGGACCGCGACGACUCCAGCAAGUCGGUCUUCGUCAAGCAGGCGCCCGACUUCAUCAAGUGCCUCGGCGCAGACUACAAGCUGACGAACAAGCGCGCCGAGGUCGAGGCGAACGUGCUGCGGGCGCUGCGCGACAUCUCGGCGGACAACGCCCCUGAAGUUUUGGUAUAUGACGACUAUAGGUGCGCCAUGAUCCUCGAGGAUCUGCGGGACUUCCGGUUACUGCGGGACGAUCUCCUGAGGGGCGUCAUCGAGGAAUCGGUGGCCGUGUCGCUCGGCCGCUUCUGCGCCAAGGUUUAUAACGAGACGCGGGAAAAACAGGACGCCUACUUCUCCGAGAUGUUGGGGAAGGACGACAACGGCGCCAUGCGCGCGAUCACGCGCGACUACGUCUUCACGAAGCCUUUUCAAGAAGACGAGACGAACCGCAAAAUUGAUCCUGAGACAGCUCUGGGCUUCCGCGUCGCGAACGCGCGCAACGACGCGGGUUUACUGGCCGCCGUCGCGAACGCACGCAAAGCCUUCGACGACGCCCACGACUGCCUGAGCCACGGCGACCUCCACGCCGGCAGCGUCAUGGUCGACGGCGCGCGCACCGUUUGUAUAGAUGCGGAGUUCGCCUGCCGCGGCCCCGCGGGUUUGGAUAUUGCUUUUCUGAUUGCGGGCUACCUCUUCGCCUUCUGCGCGGCCGACGCCCACGCCGCGGACGCGGAGGCGGCGGGCAUCCGGCGCGUGUCGUGCGGCGACGCCGUCAAGGCGCUCUGGCGCGCCUACGCCGACGCGCGCCAGGGCGACCCGAAAAUGGACGAGGUCUGCGGCUUCCUGGGCUGCGAGCUGCUGCGGCGCGUCCUGGGCGCGGCGUCGGUGCCGGACCUGUCGGAGAUUGCAGAUGGCAAGGCGCGGGAGCGCGCCGAGUUAUUAGUCGUCGAGAUCGGCGUCGGCGUGCUCGUCGACGCGCCGGAGUCGGCGGAGCUGCUCGUGGAGUUCGCGGAGGGCUGCUACGACGCGCUCGCGCUGGACAAGUACUAG